AUGAAGUCGCUUUUGGCUGUUUCUGCUUUUGUGGCCUCGGCCCUUGCCGCUGCCGUUCCAGCCUCACCUGCUACCAGAGUUAUCCGCGUCCCGACCAACCCUAACAAUCAUGCCAAAAUAGUGCAGACGAUCAAGGACUUGGAUCUCGAAUGCUGGAAGUUUCCCGACAAAGCAGGCCUCAAUGCGGAUGUCAUCGUGUCGCCGGAGCAGGCCUCGGCCUUCCAGGCCGCCACCAAGGACAUGGAAGUACAGGUCAUGCAUGAGGACAUGGAUGCCUCCAUCAAGGCCGAAGCGGCUGGCAUGACUGACCACUUUCCAAACAAAGACCUCAGCUCCACCGGUCCCUGGUACAAGUCUUACCACACCUAUCACGACCACGAAAAAUACCUCCAUCACCUACAGAAAAAGUACCCCAAAAACUCAGCGAUCGUGGUGGCAGGUAAGUCCUAUGAAGGCCGUGAUGUUCGAGCUCUCCACUUGUGGGGCAAACAGAAAGGAAAGCCCGCUGUCGUGUUUCACGGGACCAUCCAUGCCCGCGAAUGGAUCACCACAAUGGUAGUUGAAUACACAAUGGUGAAAUUGCUUGAGGAAACAACUGAGGUCAAAGGAACAGCCACUCUCGACAAUUUUGACUUCUUUAUAUUCCCCGUCACCAACCCGGAUGGCUUCGUUUUUACGCAAAAGUCGCUAGCUAGGGAGCACAGAAACUGGCGCAAGAAUCGCCAGCCCACGCCAGACCCAAAGUGCAUCGGAACUGACCCUAACCGUAACUACCCAGCCUAUUGGAAUGGCACACAUUCAUCUACCGACCCAUGCAGUGACUCAUACCGGGGACCCAGCGCAGGCUCUGCAACAGAGGUCAAGAUUCAAACGGAAUUCAUGUUAGACUUGGCCAAGAAGCCCGCUGGUCUCAUAUCAUACAUUGAUUGGCACUCCUAUGGUCAACUGUUUAUGACUCCCUAUGCCUACAACUGCGACAAGGUCCCAGCAAACUCGAAGAAACAACUCGAGCUUGCACAGGUUUUUGCAGAUGCAUUCGCAGCCCCCUUCAACACCACUCUGAGGGUUGGCACAACAUGCAAGACCAUCUACCCAAUCAGUGGAGACAGUGCCGACUGGGCCAAUGACGUUGCAAAUAUCACGUAUCCCUUCGCGCCUGAACUGCGUGAUCGAGGUCGCUAUGGCUUCUUCCUUCCACCAGACCAGAUUUUAGAUAGCGGCAAGGAGGCAUGGGAUGGUGUCAAGGCUCUGUUUGCAGCCAUGGCAAAGGAGAUGCCAGCCCGGGGGUAA